ACUACAUCCCCCAUCAUGCGCUGGGACAAACCGGAAGUGGCGUACAGGGCGCUUGAAUUCCGAAUGUCUGAAGGAAAUCCAAGCAACGAUGCUGCGGGACCGCGUAAUCCAAUGGGCAGGGGGCUUGUGGGACGCAGAUCUUCUGCUCCUGUCACCCCGGGUCGCCUCCCAUCAAUCCGCUCCCGAGAUCUCACGCUUGGAGGAGUCAGGAAAAAAACAUUUGCUCCCAACAUCAUCAGUAGGAAGAUAAAGGAAGAGCCCAAGGAGCAAGUGUCUGUGAAGGUAGAACGUGCAGAGCGUGGAAGGGACCGUCGAGAUGGAGCAGGAAGAGGGCGAGGGAAGCCCCAAGUCAUACAGAGUCACUCCAUCUUUGAGCAGGGACCAGCUGAACAGCUCAAGAAGAAAAUUGGAUGGGAUGGUCCUGCAGAAUCCACUGACUUUGGCCCGUCACACAUCAUUAACAUAAAACGAGAGAAGCGAGAAACCGAGGAGGAGACCAAGGAGAUCCUGCGCAUGCUGGAGAAUGACAAGUUUCUUGAUGACCCCGGGCUCAGGAAUGAUUCUCAAAAUCAUCCAGUGCAGAUCCCACUUGCCCAUUCUGGCUGGCUCUUUAGAGAAGAUGCUGAAGAGGAGGAUAUAAAGCCUGUUCAAGGAGAUCUUAAGGAUGAAAAGAUGGAAGUAGAUGAUCCGUCUCAGGUGAAAGUGAAGGAAGAACCAAUGGAGGACGAUGCUGGUGCAUGGAAGCCUGGGAUGUCCUCUGCAAAAGCUCCCAUAAUUAAGAAACCCCCUGAAACAAAGGAUGUGUCCUUCCCAGAGAUGCUGGAAUCUUUAAAGAUUUCUGAUGAAGAAUGUCUCUUUUUCAUGCAACUUCCUGACACUCUGCCUGGACAGCCUCCAAGUCAAGAGACAAGGCCUAUAAAGACUGAGGUGCAGAGUGAGGAUGGCCACGUGUUACUGGUCAAGGACAAGGGGCAGGACACGAAGGCUGCAGAAGACAGCUGUACCUUGCGGGAUGUGUCAGAGGGCCAUAUUGGGAAGCUAUUUGUACGCAAGUCUGGCAAGGUUCAGCUUCAGCUGGGUAAAGUCAUGCUAGAUGUUACUAUGGGCACAUCAUGUUCAUUCUUGCAGGAGUUGGUGUCAGUCAGUGUUGGUGAAUCUCGUGGUGGGGAGAUGAUGGUCCUGGGUCAUAUUCAACACAAGCUUGUUUGCUCCCCAGAUUUUGAGUCUCUGCUGGAAAAAAGACAGAGCUAAGCGGCUCCCAUACCACCUAAAACCAUGAACUGUCGUGCUGUCGCCUGUGAAUGCUAACACAACACUUGUGUAUGUUACCUGACUAGUUGUGCUACAGAGUGGUCGGAUGAUGUGUAGCUGGUGGGUGUGGUUACUUCUCUAACCCUAUGACAUCACUGCUUUUUGACUAGUAUUAAAGAUGGAGUGAAAAGAAGAGUCUCAGGACAUGCCUAUCCUCUGUACUGUACUAUAGCAAGAAGAAGUGUGGAAUUUACAGACAGAAACUCAUGCCUUGGUGCACAAAACAAAAUGUAGAAAGAUGUAUAAAUGGGGAUAUGUACAGCCAGAAUAGUAAGCAGAUCAUUUUACAGUCGUGUUAAACUGGUUGGAUGGAUCAGUCAGUGCAGAAUCAUCCCCAGUCUGAAUUCCAAGGCUUUGGAAAACACAUUUUCUUUGAAGAAAUCGUUUGGGGGGAAAAGUAACAAAGAGAAAUUUUGGAAAGCUCAAGCAUGUUUAUUUUGAAAAUCUGUGUUUAAAUAAAAUAAAUAUUCUGUUACUUUGGAACAAUUAAGACUUUAUGUUAACACGGUGAAUUUGUCAUAAAAUGUAUGACUGGUACUACAAUAAAUAAUGAAUGCAUGUCACUGUA